AAUUCCUCUUCUAUAUAAUGAUUAGAGAAAUUAAACCAAUAAUUUCGUAUCUUCUCCAAUAGCAUUGAAGAUCUCUUCACCUCUCUUUCUCUCUCCCCUUCUCUCUCUAAAUCUAUAUCUAUUUCCCGAGAUCCUUGGAGCUUUGAAACGUCGUGCCGUUUUUUAUUUGAAAGUCUAGAGGGCGAGAGAUGGAGGCGAAAGUUAGAAGGGAGGAGUUUGUGCCGUUUUUGGCAAUGGUGAUAAUGGAGGCAUGCACGAUUGCUCUAACAAUAAUGGCUAAAACGGCUUUAUCGGGAGGAAUGAGUCCGUUUGUGUUCGUUGUUUACACAAACGCUUUUGGAUCUAUUCUUCUUCUUCCUUUUUCGUUCUUCUUUCACAGAAAUGAGAGAACCGAAGAAUCUAUCUUUUCUUUGCCACUUCUCGUUCGUGUCUUCUUCCUAGGUUUCACCGGGAUAUUCCUUUUCCAAAACUUGGCAUUUGUGGGACUAAGCUUCAGCUCACCCAUAGUGGUAUGUGCAAUGGGAUUACUCAUUCCUUCAUUCUCCUUCUUGCUCUCUCUUAUUCUCGGAAGGAGCAAGUUGGAUUGGAGAAACACGAGUUCAAAGGCUAAAGUGAUGGGUACAAUAAUCUCAAUAAGCGGAGCAUUUGUUGAAGAAUUGUAUAAAGGUCCCUUCAUAAGACCAGCUUCAUCUUCUUCCCCAACUCGUCUUCUUAAAUCAAUCCCUAAACUCUUGGUCUACUACAACAUCCCUGACAAUUGGUUCCUCGGCUGUAUCUUUUUGGCCGCUGCUGUUUUUUGUGUAUCCCUCUUCAAUGUUAUUCAGACGGGGACGGUCAAAAAGUAUCCACAUGUGAUGAAAGUGGCGUCGUUUUACAGCAUAGUCGGGACGAUUCAAUGUUUGAUGUUCUCUUUGUAUAUGGAAAGAGACCUAAGUGCAUGGAAGAUCCAACCAAACUUCGAUCUUUUCCUCGUUAUAGCCACGUGA